CAGUUUCCUAUGCGGGUUGCUGGUCAUUGGAGUUGAUCUGUUUAUCUUUCAUAAUUUUGUUCACAGCCCAUAUCUGGUUGAAUAAUAUUGUCCCAAAAAUCAGCGAGCAAGUACUCAGCAAUCUGCGGUAAUACUGGUUGUAGGAAAUUACAGUGCGAGAAGCUGUGGCAAUCUGCGAUGGCCCUGCGAGGAGCAAUGUCAGGCACAUUGUUACGAAUGCCCACCUUGGGCAGGUGUAUGUCAUCUCUGUCAGAUGAGGUGCUCUUCAAUGUCCAGAAUAAUGUAGGCAUAAUCACCAUGAACCGACCAAAGCAGCUGAAUGCCCUGACCCUGAACAUGAUUCGGGCAAUGCACCCAAAGCUGAUGGAGUGGGAGAAGAAGAUGGAGCUUGUCAUUAUUAAAGGUGCAGGCGAGAAGGCCUUCUGCGCCGGUGGCGACGUCGUCGCCAUCACGGCGCCCGGCCGCCAAGGCGACAAAGCCGACCCGUUGCCGCGUCAGUUCUUCCACAACGAGUACCGCCUGAACCUGCUGACGGGUUCGCUGGCCGUGCCGUACGUGGCGCUGCAGGACGGCAUCACGAUGGGUGGCGGCUGCGGCAUGUCCGUGCACGGGAAGUACCGGGUGUGCACGGAGAAGACAAUGUUCGCCAUGCCAGAGACGGCGAUCGGGUUCUUCCCGGACGUGGGCGGCGCGCACUUCCUGCCGCGUUUGCGCGGUCGGCUCGGCCUCUUCCUCGCGCUCAGUGGAUACCGGCUCAAGGGCCGUGACAAUCUUCACGCGGGCAUUUCGACUCAUGUCUGUGACUCUGCCUCUUUGGACGACCUGGUAUCGGAGAUAGCCGAGGCCGGUGCCUCCCGGCUGGAGGCCGUGCUCGACAGCUACUCACAGAAAGCUGCGUUCGACGCUGGCAAGCCGUUCUCGCUGGCUCCGCACCUGGCCACCAUCGACCGCUGCUUCGCCAGCGACUCGGUGCCCGACAUACUGGCCGCCCUUCAGGCUGACGGCUCAGAGUUCGCCACUAAGAUCCACGCCACGCUCGUGAAGAUGUCGCCGACGGCCAUGGUGAUCACGACCGAGCAGCUGCGGCGGGGUGCCUCGCUCUCACUGGCCGACUGCCUGCGCAUGGAGCUGCGGAUGGCGUACCGCUUCGCCGAGGAUCACGACUUCUAUGAGGGCGUCCGGGCCCUCCUGGUCGACAAGGACCAAAGUCCGGUAUGGAAGCCCACGACUGUCGCUGAAGUGACCGCUGCCACAGUGGAGCGCUACUUCUCCCAUCUGCCGGCCGAUGAGGAACUAACGUUUUGAUGCGGAGCCUUGAAGUCUGGGCCUGUCGGCCGUGUGCUGACAGUUCGGAGGGCGGAUCUUGCAGACGUGGCUGAGUGGAGCAGCACGGGCAGGACGGCUGCCUGCCUGCCCUGUGGUGCAGGGGGCACGGGGAGGUUAGGAGGACAGUAGUUUUUACCUGGGUUUAUGAGCAAUGAGAAGGCGUCAAGGUCAGUGAUAAAUGGAUAUGCGCGCUUCCACGUGCUUAGAUUGAGGGACAUUGUUUACUGCAAAGAUGAAGCCGUAGAUUCCCUACUCAGUGAUCUGUUUUAGCAUCUUGUUUAUUUUGUCUUUGUUGGGUGUAAGUCAAUGUGUGUAAAUGAAUACAAACUAAACUUAACUGGGGAGGCUGGUGGGACCAGGCAAGGGUCAUGGACGUGUUACGAUGAAGGCCGCCAGCCAUUUUUGUUUGUUCCUGUUCAGUCAGCGUUCAUAGAGACAACGUUAAAUUCUCAGAAUGUUGGAAGGCAUUGCCCCUCUCCCCACACACGCUUCUGGCGCCUUAGUUCCCGCGCCCCUGGGUGGAACGACGCUGUUUUUGUUACAUAAAGCUAAUGGUGUGGUUUUGCGAAGGCUCCUAAGCCGUCCAUCUGUUUUUACAUCGCAGCGUGUUUGCUAAGUGUCAGUGCCAUCGCAGCGUUGCGUGCACGGUGUUCGGUGUAGUUGUCGACUCCUCAGUAAUUCAGUGCAAUAGACGGAUGUGCUGAGAA